UGCUCCUAUGCGCGGGUCCACUUCGGACGAGCCCUUUGGGUGGGUGAGGAGGUGUUGGGAGCUUGCUUGCAGAAAAGUGGAAUCUAGUCAUCUGUGUUCGUGGAGUCGGCUGCCGAAGAACUCAGGGCUGGUUCCCGUCCCUUCGGAGACCUGGAGGCCAAACUUGGAUUCCAAGUUUAAGCCUCACCCCGAGGGCCGUCCGGGGGCUUCCACCAUGAUCCGUCGUGUGUUCAGCGUGCGCAUGUGGGCGCCCGUGGGCUUCCUGACCUCGCUGGCUUACUGUGUCCACCAGCGGCGGGCUGCCCGCGCCGAGCCGCGGAGGGCGGACAGCCCGCAUCCCGUCGACCGGAGUCUGCUGGAGUUGAAAAUGGUGCAGGUCGUGUUCCGACACGGGGCUCGGAGCCCUCUCAAGCCGCUCCCGCAGGAGCAGGCAGAGUGGAAUCUUCAGCUAUUAGAGGUCCCACCCCAAACUCAGUUUGAUUACACUGUCACCAAUCUAGCUGGUAGCCCGAAACCACAUUCUCCUUUGGACUCUCAAUACCGUGAAACCAAACUGAAGGGGGGCAUGUUUACUGGACAGCUGACCAACGUGGGCAUGCAGCAGAUGUUUGCCCUAGGAGAGAGGCUGAGGAAGAACUAUGUGGAGGACAUCCCCUUUCUUUCACCAACCUUCAAUUCACUGGAAGUCUUUGUCCGUUCCACUAAUAUAUAUCGGAAUCUGGAGUCUACCCGGUGUUUGCUGGCUGGCCUUUUCCAAUGUCAGAAAGAAGGACCCAUCAUCAUCCACGCUGAUGAAGCAAGCUCAGAAGUCUUGUACCCCAACUACCAAAACUGCUGGAGCCUGCGGGAAAGAACCAGAGGCCGGAGGCAGGCUGCCUCUUUGCAGCCAGGAAUCUCCGAGGAUUUGCAAAAGGUGAAGGAAGGGAUGGGCAUCACCAGUAACGAUGGAAUCGACUUCCUCAGCCUCUUUGACAAUAUGGCUGCUGAGCAGGUGCACAGCCUCCCGAGCUGCCCCACACUGAAGACAUUUGCACGGAUGAUUGAGCAGAGAGCUGUGGACACAGCCUUGUACGUCAUGCACAGGGAAGACAGGGAAAGCCUUCAGAUGGCUGUGGGCCCGUUGCUUCAUAUCCUGGAGAGCAACCUGCUGAACGUCGUGGACCCUGCCACUCCACCCGGCAAGACCAGAAAGCUGUACCUCUACGCAGCUCAUGAUGUGACCCUCUUACCUCUCCUAAUCACCCUGGGGAUUUUUGACCACAAAUGGCCCCCAUUUGCUGUUGAUCUGACCAUGGAACUCUACCAGCACCGGGAAUCUAAGGAGUGGUUUGUGCAGCUGUAUUACCGCGGGGAGGAGCAGGUACCAAAAGGUUGCCCUGACCGGCUCUGUCCACUGGACAAGUUCUUAAACACCAUUUCGGUUUAUACCUUGAGCCCAGAAAAAUACCACGCACUCUGCUCUCAAGUACAGGUGAUGGAACUUGGAAAUGGGGAGUGACUGUUGUACAAACAGGAUGUGCUGGUUUUUCAAUAAAUGCCUUUACGCCCUGCC